AUGUUGAGGUACAGUCUCGCGGCGGGGCCGCUGCCUCCGGACGCCUCGCCCGCAGCUUGCGAGUACGAGUUCACGGUGCGGCUGCGCUUCCCCAAUGAGUUUGAGAUGUACCAUUUCGUGGCCAUGCUCCGCCGCUGCGUGCGUGUGGAUCACUUCCAGCAGGCCUCGAAGAUGUUGGAGUACCAGCAGCGCACCCAGAUGGCGCAGAGGACGGCGCAGCACCGGCCCUACAACAAGUCCGGGGGCCAGCUGGAUGUGGUACUGGUGGAGGCACGGCGCCUGAAGCCGCUGCAGAGCGCGCUGAACACGGUGCUGCAGUCGGACCCCGUGGCCCUGUACCAGUCGUGGUCAACUGGCAAGACGGACGUGGACCCAUCUCAGUCCAACCAGAUGCUGGAUGCCAACUACCUGCCCGAGCUGAUGGGCACAACGGACGGGCAGCUGGUGAAGGGCACCCCGGAGGGCAGUCCCAUCAGUACCUUCGUGAACUUCCGGAUGCUGCACCGCCAAGAGGCUCUGCCUGGCGAGACAGCAGGGCAGCAAGAGAUCAUCGCCUUCCGGGGCCAGAAGGUCCAGGUUUCGCCCGUCAUAGACGGCACAGAUUCCCCGUGCUGGGCGAAGUUUUCGGAGCUGGAGCAAGCCGGAGGUUGGACUUUCCGGACGGGCGUCAUCGAUCCAGAGAAGUAUCCCAAGCUGCAUAUCGAAUUCGAGGUCAUGCAAGCUGGCAUCCCCUCGGCCAAGCGUGUGGGCGCGAUCCAGAUCCCGGUGACCGAAGAGCAGUUCCUGACAAACCCGGAUCAGCUCUUCAAAAACCUCUGGCUGCCCCUGGUCAGCGUGAAGGACGGGUCGCACACGCCCAAUGUCACGGGCGAAAUCCACAUCAUGACACGCUGGCUGCCAGCGGAGAUGAAGCAGGUCUUCUCCGACGGGCAAGAGAAGAUGCAGCUCUCGGUGAAGUCCAUGUUCCUGAAGGACAACUGGCACAAGGUGUGCCAGCCCCGGGUGCGGGAGCCCAUCUACGGGCUGGAGGCGGUGUACCACCAGGGAGUCUACAACCCGAACACGGUGAAGAGCAAAGAGGCAGGCAGAAGGCAGCCAGAGACGCUCAAGGACAACAUGCGCCGUCACAUCGAGGAGUUGAGCAACGCUGUGCCGUACUUGGAGUGCCUGGAGCGCCGGCAGAUGAACCAGUGGAACUUGUUCCAGACGGAGCUGGCGGACAAGGGCUUCGAGAGCCGCACCAUUGCGGAGCUGCGCUUGCUGUGGCAGCAGCAAGAUGACACGGUCAUGCUCAACAAGCUCCAGUCGCUGAUCCUGCGCGGGGUGCCGAGCUACCUGCGCCCGCAGAUCUGGGCAGAGGUCACCCUGGCCUCGCGGGUGGCGGCCUAUGACGGGGCCGGAAGCCAGACCCGGGAGGGUGUCGAGUCAGAGGAGGACAUGGUGCAGGCUGCGGAGAAGGAGUACCAAGUUCUGCUGGAGCGCGGCAAGGUCCAGCAGUCGGACUCCAUGUUCCAGCUGCAAGAGGAUGCAGUUCUGCUGUCCGGCUGGGAGAGUGCCGUGCCUCCGCUGCCAGAGGCGUUGGAGCAGCACCAGAAGCGGAUCAGGAAGGCGAAGAACGUGAUCACCGCUUUGCUGGCCUGUGGUGAUGCCGGCGUCACCUAUUGCGAGAGUCUCUUGGUGCUGGCCUUCUACCUGCUGCUGCCACAGGGAUACCGCGAGGCGACCUCCGUGAGCGGCGCCGGGGAGGGCCUCACGCAGCCCUCGGAGAGCUCGGCCUUCUGGUUGUUGUACACCCUGAUCUGCACGCGCGUGAACGGCAUGUAUCGCGAAUACUACGCGCAACCGCUAACGCCCGAGGGCGAGCCGCCCUGCUUGAUCGCCGGCAGCGGCGCCAUGCAGGAUGUGAACCUCUUGGAGUGCUGCCUGGCCUACCACGAGCGAGACCUUUUCUUCCGCAUGACGUGCCUGGGCUUCGAAGUCUCCACCGUGUUCUACGGGGCCUUCAUGAGGUGGUUCGCCACCUAUAUGCCCACUGCCAGCGUCUUCCGGUUCUGGGACGCGCUGUUGUUCCAGUCCACCAACCCCAAGACUCAGUCCCUGGGCCGGGGGUACCUCAUCGACUUGGCCUUCGGCACGCUGCGGGCCAAGCGCACCGAGCUCAUGGCCUGCCAGUCCGGUGCGGAGAUGAAGAGCGUGGUGCUGGGAUUCCUCGGCUCGUUGUACGACACCUGCACGGUCAUCGACUUGGUACAAGCUGCAGACCUCUUCCUUUGGGGCGGCGCUGGCUUCAGCAGCGGCAAGGUCUCCUACAUUUGGACCCAGCGCGAUGAGAUGUUCAAAGUCGUCAACCAGACCACCAAGAGACAGAACCAAGUCCUGAAGAAGUUGGCGCACGAGAACUUCGCCAGGCCAUCCUCUAACCCCGGUGAAGCGCAGCUGCCAGGCAUCAGCACCAAGCAGUUGGUGAAGGAGGUCAUUCCUUCGGUCCAGAUCAACAUCGAGGGCCACAGGGCCCGCGACCGCCCGAGGUUCUGGGCCAUGCAUCGGCCGAUGCCGCUGACCGCCCGCACCCUGCUGCAGUCCUCCGCUGACAAGGCCUGGAGCCUCUUCUCCGCCACCAUGCUCACCACGCCCCCGCUUCCGCUGCACCCCUACAUGACGGGGCCGCCGGCGAUGGCACCUCCCCAGGGGCAGAAGUGGCCGGGCAUGGAGCCCGCGGACGUGACUUCCGGGGACUUCGUCGCAGUGGUUCAGAAGCAGGUGCCAGGCUGGGCUGCGGAGGUCUCCACGCUGUGGGCAGACUUCUCCAACAAGCCGCACAUCAACUAUCCUGCUGGUCACCACCCGAUACCUCGGCCUUCGGUUAUGCACACGGUGAUGGGCGGCAUCCUCGGGGUGAAGCCGGCGGGUGAUCCCAACAUUGCCAAAACGCAGCCUUCCGCAACUGCAAUUGCACAAGGGGAGUUCACGGGACAGCUGAGCCUCAACGAGCUCUACGGGGCGCUGAUCUGCUGCUCCCGUGGCACCGUCGCGGCCAAGGCUGCUUCCCUCUUCGACCUCUACGCCCAAAGCGACAGCACGCGAGGCAAGGAGCUGGCGGCGGCGCCGCACGUCACGCCCAGCAACAGCAUCGCCAAGACCACCACGGUGCAGGACAUAGAGGCCAUGGCGGAGAUGAGCCGCAUCCUGGCGCCGAUGGACCCAGAGACCUUGGAGGCUAAGCAGGAGAACGUGCUGCGCUUCACGGUCAUGACCAGCUAUCCCAAGACUGGGGUGUUGGGCGACGUGCUCAUCCCCUCCCUGUCGCCCUACAUCAGUGCCAGCAAGCCGGUCUUGAAGAGCUACAACAUCUGGGGUAAGCUGCCCAACAGGGAAGGGCGAGGAGGCGCCAGCAACAAUGCGAGCAACAACAUGGGCAACGAAGCGGGGGGCGAGCGGCUGCUGUGCCUGGGGGAGAUCAUGAUGGCCCUCCAUUGGGCACCCAGUAACAUCCAGAACCCGAACAAGGGGCAGCUGACGAUUCAGGUGAAGCACAUCAAGUUCCAGGAGUACUACAUCCUGGAGCCCUACAAUGUCAACCCCUGGAUUACCGUGUGGCUCAGCACAGACGAUAAGGCCAGUGGCCGGGUGUGGUCGGAGAUCAAGCGCUGGGAUCCCCGCGGCUUCGGCGUGGCCGCGCAGCGGGACAACGUAUCGGUGACCCAGCGCGGCGCCUUUGGCGGUUUGAUCAAGUUCGACCAGACCAUGAAAGCCAAAACGUACGGCGGCGGCAACACCUUGGGCUCCUGGGUGCAGCACGGCAGCGGCCAGGGCUGGAUGCCUGCCACGGACGCCAAGGAGACUGGCAGAUGGGAGUGGAACGAGGUCUGGGGCAAGCAGUCCUCCGUGAAGGAUCUUCAGGUGCACCCGGAGUUCGUGCAGCUCUCGUCGCGGAAGAACCUCAUGGACCUCAUGGGUGUCCGGCUGCUGGUGUCCCAGGUCCUCCAGAGGUGCAUGAUGAACAUGUCCAACCGCCAAGCGCUGCUGGUGGCUGACAGCGUCUUCAACCGCGCUGGGGUGGUGCCAGGCAUUUGCCAAGCGGUGCUUGCGGCAGAGACGGGGGCCAGCUUUGGGAAGUGCGAACAGAGCCUCACGAAGAUCCUGGAAGACUUCGAGACGACCAAGAAGCAGUACGUAGACGUGACCAGGGAGGUGGUCUUCGAGCACGAGCGCCAGAUUGCCUGCAACGGUGGGCAGCUGAACCUGUUUGCCUCGAGCUACAUGGAAGAGAAGCUGCACCUCGCCACCAUGGGCAUUUCAGACCCGUUCCCGGGGAAGAAGAAGACCCUGUAUAUCCGCUUCGUUCGCGGCGGCGACGGGCAGCGUUGCACACAGGCUGUGCAGGUGGAGGAGGAUGGUGCCAUUGAGGCGGCCCACUCAGAGGUGAAGUUGGACGCCAUGAGCGAUGAGAACCAGGGCAAUUGGGCCAUGAGCCGAAUCACCAAGGAGGAGUUCAUCGCCUGCUUCACCGCCUCCCCGCUGCUCAGCGAGUCCUUGCGCCGCCUCGCCUCCGCGGAGCAUGUGCUGCACAUCGCCCGGCCAGUGCCCCUGGAGGUGACGAUCAUGGACCCCCAGCAGGACGACGUUUUCCAUGACCUGGAGGAGCAGAUCAACCUCCAGCAGUCCCUGCUGAUCGAGGUCUGGGACUCCGACUUUAUGGGCAUGGACUUCCUGGGAGAGGCCUGGCUGCCUCCCCUCUCGGAGUUUGGCCCCAGGCCCAAGGACAUUGUGCUGCCGCUGCAGCCGGCAGAUUUCCGGCCUGAGUCGGACUUUGGGGCCUCGCGAUACGACGCGAAGAAGAACAUCAAGGACGCGGACAAGGAUCCAAAUGCGAAGGUGGAUGGCGAGAUCUUCCUCUCGGUAACCUGGGUCUACCCUACCAUUGAGGGCCGAGGCUUGGACCUGGACGUCGACAAGUGGCUCAAGCAUUUGGAGACCAAAAAUAAGUUCCCAGAAGGCCAGUUGACGAAGUUCCAGGACGACAUUGUGGCAAAGUACCGCACCCUGCGGGGUGUUCGCGAGCGCGAGGUCAGCACCGCGGGCGCCAUGCGCGAGGAGUUCUUCAACGAGCUGAAGAUCACUGAUAAGAAGGCCAAGGAUGUGAUCAAGAAGUGGUUCAAGGAUGUCAUGUCGGAGGACCUGAAGUCCCGGGCUCUGCACCAGGAGCAGAAGCAUUCUGGCAUGCUCACCAUCAAGAUCGAGCGGGCGGAGCGCCUGCGCCGCGCGGACGCCAAGAAGAUGCGGGACUGCGAUCCCAAGGUCUACAUCUGGGCGAGGAACGAUCAUGUGUCAGCGUGGCAGAAGAAGCCGCUGAUGCAGUCGGGGAGGAUUUCCAACGACCGGAAUCCAGUGUGGAACCACACGGAGACCAAGCGCCUCUUUUCUGGAGCCUUCGAGGCCGAGAGGAAGCCGCCGGCAGAGGGAUGGGGAGCAAAGGCCAGCCAGAUGCUUUCCACCAGGACGCAGACCCGGAAGCGGCUAGAGGAUCAGCAGAUCGCGGCAGUGCGCCGCUUUGGCGUAGAGGGCUUAAAGCUGAGCUUCGCCCCGCAGCUGGCGGCGGAUGCGACGGAGCCCAAAGCAGGCACCAAUCAUGGGGUGGACGUGCUGCUCACCGACAGCAUCCGCGACUUCAAGGAGAAGCUGACCGCGGCAUGCCGAGAAGAAUGUAAGUUUUGGAAGAGCAAAAACGAGUCGGACGCCGCGCAGAAGUACGCGGAUGUGGCGGUGGGGUCGCGGCACCUGGUGAUGGCUUACGUGCCCUCCAAGAAGGUGCAAGAGAUGACCCAGAAGAAGCUCACAAACACAGACGAGUUCAAGCGCCAGCAGCGCCUGAGUCUCCAGGAUCCCUCGAAUUGGCAGCCCCUGGACCCCGAGAGCUCCUUCGGCCAGUUCUCCUCGAUGUUUGGCUUCGGGACGGCUCGGACGCAGCUCAAAGUGGUGGAGGCUACUGAGGGCUACAAGGCCUUGAACUUGCGCUACAAGAAAUGGGUCGAGGACAAGCGGCAGCCGACCCUUAAGGACCUCAAUGAGACCAACAAGUGCUUUGGAUGGGCCAAGUACGUCCACGAGGACGACUCCAAAUCCUUGGAGUGGCGCCCGGCCAUUGUCAGCAAAGGCAAAGAGGAUCCUACCAAGUUCGCCGUGAAGUGGGUCUAUCCGCCGCCUACAAAAGGCGAAGAGAAGACGUCAUCGACGGAGCUGGACAAGACAGAUGUACUCCUCGCGCCCCGAGCCCCGAAGAUCGAUGACCAGACGCAUGAGCGGCACAAGUCCAUCCUGCCACAGGCAAAGCUUCUGCGGUCCUCGGGGAAGUCGGACUGGGAGAUCGAGGCUUACCUCAACAAGAUCCUGGAGCGACAGUGGGACGAGGCCGUGGCCAACAGCGAGACCAAGGCAGACGAGACGAAGCCGCCCAGGAUCACCAUCGACCAGAUCAGGGGAUACCUGCAGCGCAACGAGACCCAGGGUGGAAAGUUGUGA